GAAUCCAAGAACUCGUCUCAGCACAAUCAGGCGAAGAAGAACCAUAGGAACGGUAUCAAGAAGCCAAAGACCAACCGAUACCCUUCCCUCAAAGGCACAGACCCCAAGUUCCGAAGGAACCAUAGGCAUGCGCUACACGGAACGAUGAAGGCAUUGAAGGAGGUCAAGGAGGGCAAGCGAGAUUCGGCAUGA